AUGUCGGGACUGCCCUUCGCAGCUCUCGUUCUUUGUCUCCACAUAACGGCGGGUGAGUCCCAGCAGUUUACUAUUAUCAUUGAGCACAGCCAGAUAAAUGUCACCGCUGGAGGUGAGGCGCUUUUUUCAGUCCGGCCGUCGUCCAGCGUCAGCAGUGGAAGCUGGAAUUUUAAUGGGCUAACAGUCGCCCAGUGGAUCGGUCAGACCGGGACCAUUGACAAUGUCUACAGAUCUCGGGCUGAGUUAUUCACCUCCAACGGGUCGCUUCUGCUGAAGUCGGUGAACGUGUCGGACAGCGGGGAAUACCGUGUGAAUAUGGUUCCAAUUAGUGGCUCCCAAACCUCAGCGACCGUCACUCUGCGUGUCACUGAACCUGUUUCCAAUGUCACUGCAACAUCUAACGCCACCAUGCUGAUUGAGUACAGCGACACCGUCAGACUAACCUGCUCCGCAACAGGCACGGAUGUCUCUUACCUGUGGCUUGAGGAUAACAGCGUGAUCAUUCCCGGUGGCAGGUUUGAGCUGAGUGCCGAUCACAGCACACUCACUGUUUCUGGAGUGCUCCGGUCAGACGGAAAUUUCACCUGUAGAGCAAGCAACUUGAUUAACGAAAUCACAAGCAACCCGUUGUAUCUCGAUGUCCACUACGGACCGGACCUUCCACAUAUCAUCACUCAGCCGGACUCCCCUUUUCACGUUGCCGGAAGCACCGUACGAUUAACAUGUUUCUCCGAGUCCCGCCCAAGCGCUGAAUUGAAUUGGCAACUGAACGGUGCCCAUCUGCAAAGUGGGCAGGAGGUCGUCCUCGACAGCAUCUCUGUGAGCCACACUGGAGAGUAUACGUGUGAGGCCUAUAACAGGGUCACAAAAAGGAUCAAUGCCUCAACUACGCAAAUCAAUGUGUUCGAACCUGUUUCCAAUGUCACUGUAACAUCUAACGCCACCAUGCUGAUUGAGUACAGCGACACCGUCAGACUAACCUGCUCCGCAAGAGGCACGGAUGUCUCUUACCUGUGGCUUGAGGAUAACAGCGUGAUAACUCCCGGUGGCAGGUUUGAGCUGAGUGCCGAUAACAGCACACUCACUGUUUCUGGAGUGCUCCGGUCAGACGGAAAUUUCACCUGUAGAGCAAGCAACCUGAUUAAUGAAAUCACAAGCGACCCGUUGUAUCUCGAUGUCUACAACCCCUUGGGUAACGGCAGUAAACUGGAAUCUGAAUUGAUAUCGAAACACACAGGGAUAACAGCGAGGACUUACGACGACAUUAAGUUGGCGGCAUCCAAAUAUUAUGUACACUUUGUAGAUGAAAGCAAGGGCAUUUUAAUUGUAUUUACAGGGACAGUGGCUGGAGUUGCUGUGGUGGCCAAUGCUUCCACUCCCCUGGAAAACCUCGAUACCGUCGCACUGAGUUGUGACGCGUCGGGCACUGUUCAGACACGGACAUGGUUCAAGGACAACCAACCCAUCAAGGAAAACGGCAGAAUAUUUACAUCUCCCGACAAGGCGAAUCUGACUAUAAUCAGAGUGAACAGAAACGACGCUGGGACGUACAAGUGCAUCGCCAGCAACUCUUUCAGCAGUGGCGCUGGAGAGAUCUACGUGCAAGUUUACUGUAAGUACACAGUCAGUCAACCGCGUUAA